AUGAAUGCAGUGACUUAUAAUGAUGUGCAUGUCAAGAUCACUCAAGAAGAGUGGGCAUUGAUGGAUCCUUCACAGAAGAAUCUCUACAAAGAUGUGAUGCUGGAGACCUAUAUGAACCUCAUUGCUAUAGGCAUAAAAGAAGUCGUACUACAGAGAAAUCACAUGAAUAUACUGAAUGUGGUAAAGCAUUUGAAUGUCAUAGUCAUCCUCAAAGGCAUGAAAAAACACAUUCUGGAGAGAAGCCCUAUGAAUGUAAUCAGUGUGGUAAAGCCUUUACACAUCAAAACAGUCUUCAAAUGCAUAAAAGAACACAUUCUGGAGAGAAACCCUAUGAAUGUAAUCAAUGUGGUAAAGCCUUUACAAAGCCCAGUCAUCUUCAAGUACAUAAAAGAACACAUACUGGAGAGAAACCCUAUGAAUGUAAUCAGUGUGUGGGCACUGGCCCCCAACCCAUAUGAUCUCUUGCCCACAUUUUACAAAAUUGGUGCUGUGCUUGACAGAGGCCCUCCUAGUGCUUUUUGCUGCCUGCUAGCAGUCUGA